AUGUUCGACAGGAACCUUAUAUCGAAAUCUAUACUGGCUGUCGUGUUGUUUUUUCUUGCCCAGUUAAGCAUCUUCUGGUUCAAUGUCGAACGACUGGAUGACAAAAAGUUAACUCUGGAAGCAGAAAUUCAUUUAUUGGAAAGGAAGCGAGAUCUGCUGAGGGCAAAAAUAUUUGAUUCGGAAAAAGCGGUUUAUCGACUUGAGGUUCAGCUGAAGGGAUUGAAACAGAGUGUUCGGGAUGUCUUACCACUGGCUAUGAAGAGGAAAAACCUACCAACUAUCUACUUUGUUACUCCUACACAUUACAGACCUACACAAAAAGCUGACCUAACUCGUCUUUCGCAGACAUUAGCUCAUGUCCCUAAUUUGCAUUGGAUUUUGGUGGAAGAUUCGGAAAGACGUUCAGAAAAUGUUUUGGAAAUUUUGGAAAGAAGUGGGCUUUCAUACACUCAUUUGAAUGUUCCUACACCAGCAGACAAGAAAAUGAAGGAAAAUGAUCCAAAUUGGAUUUAUCCGAAAGGGGUUUUACAAAGGAAUGCUGCUUUGGGGUGGUUAAGAGUAAACCUUGCCAAUACUGCACGUGGAGUAGUUUACUUUGGUGACGAUGAUAAUACCUAUGACACUCGUUUAUUUUCUGAAAUGCGAUCAUUAGUGAAGGUAGGAGUAUGGCCAGUUGGUAUAGUUGGUGGCAUGUUGGUCGAAGCACCCAUUGUAAAGAACGAUAGUGUUGUCGGUUACAAUUCUGUUUGGAAGCCAAAUCGAACAUUCCCUUUAGAUAUGGCAGCAUUCGCAUUAAACAUUACUCUAGUGUUAAACAGCGAUGCAACUUUUACGUAUAAUGUUCCUCGGGGGCACCAGGAGACGUAUUUUCUCGAAUCAUUAUUUGUGAACAGAUCUGCUCUUGAACCGAAAGCGGAUCUUUGCAAAAAGGUUCUUGUUUGGCAUACUCGUACUGAAAAGGCUAAACUCUCUGCAUCGGAAAGAAAAAAGUUUCAAAAUCGACAGUUGAAUGAUCUUGAGUUGCAAGCAGUCGGUUUCAGUAUCGUCAUUUAUACUUCUGCAUACGUUAUGUUUUUUCUGGGAAGCAGUUGUCUUUUAAAAAAGAAAGUAUUGUCUUUUGCAGUUUAUUCUUUAAACAUGGGAGAACGCAAAGGACAGAAUUUUUACUAUCCGCCGGACUUUGACUACAAGAAACAUAAGAGUUUGAAUGCUUACCACGGGACUCAUGCUUUACGGGAACGUGCGGCGAAGAUAAAACAGGGGAUUCUUAUAAUCAGGUUUGAAAUGCCUUUUAAUAUUUGGUGUUUGGGCUGUAACAAUCAUAUUGGCAUGGGAGUUCGUUAUAAUGCAGAGAAAAAGAAAAUUGGGAUGUAUUAUACGACUCCUCUUUACGAGUUUCGAAUGAAGUGUCAUCUUUGUGAUAAUUAUUUUGUUAUUCGAACUGAUCCUGAGCACUUUGAUUAUGAACUUGUCGAAGGAUGUAGAAGACAAGAGAAGCGUUUUGAUCCUACUACUGUGGAUCAGGUUCCUGCAGUGGAUAGAACGUUUAAUUUCAAGCUAGAGGGCGACAAAAUGUUUAAAGUGGAGCAUCUCGAAAAAGAUAAGUUGAAAGAGGAGAAUGAAAGCGAUAAAAACGAAAAAUUAGAGUGGAUACAGGAAAGAAUGCGAGAUGAUUUUGCCGCAAAUCAAGCACUUAGAAGAUCAUUUCGGAGGGAGAGAAAGGAGUUGUCAGAUCAGCGUUUAAAAGAUGAUGAUUUGAAGAAAAGGACCUCACUUGACAUCCCACUUCUACCAGAAUCUAGUCAAGAUAGCAGAGAAGCCUCCUUAUUAUUUCGGUACCGGACACUUAAAGGUACGUUAGAGUAA